AUGGAUGAAAUGGUUUCUCCUUGUUCCUCUCCAAAUUCAGCCAACCCUACGCUUCAACAGAGGCUGCAAUUCAUCCUCCAUAAUCGCCCUGAAUGGUGGGCUUACUCCAUUUUCUGGCAGCCUUCAAAGGACAUCACUGGGAAUCUUGUUUUCACUUGGAGAGAUGGCCAUUUUCGCGGCUCGAGGGAGUUCGUCGCCCGAUCCUCGAAAACGGGCGGCCGUGGCGGGGGACAACUGAUUAGUUUCAAGGUGGAGGGCGGCAACAAGGAGAGGGAGGCAAUGUUUCACGAUUUGUUUUAUGACGAAUUGGUGGUGAAUAGAAUGGAAGGGGGGAGUGUUAAGAGGGGGAAGAGGCCCGGGAAGAACAAAACAGAUCCAUUGUCACCUCCGGUGAACCAUGUGGAAGCAGAGCGGCAGCGACGACAGAAGCUGAACCACAGAUUCUACGCACUCCGAUCAGUGGUUCCAAACGUAUCGAAAAUGGACAAAGCGUCGCUACUCGCCGAUGCUGUAGUUUACAUCAAUGAGCUCAGGUCCAAGAUCCAAGGCAUGGAGUCCAAACUGAAAUCACAGCAUCAUAGCAGCAGCAUGAGCAGUGUAUUUGAUCAGAACCGGAGCACGAUAUCGACCGUGGAGCAGACGAUAAGCUCGACGAGUUACUUGAUGAACAACACCAAGAUCAAUAAUGUAGAAGUGAGAAUUAUUGAGUCAGAAGCAAUGGUGAGAGUUCAGYGCAGAGAUGAAAAUUAUCCAUCAGCAAGGCUUCUGAAUGUGCUAAGGGAUUUGGGACUAUCAAGUGUAAAUGAUAUGAUGCUUCAAGAUGUUGUUGUUAGAGUUCCUCAAGGGGCGGCCUUGAAAGAGAAGACCUUACGCACCGCUAUACUUCAACGACUUGAAUAUUAA